GCCAUGGGGGGAUCCAAGAGUAAGCCCAAGUCUUCAGGCCUUCGGCCCCACAGCCUCGAUGGCAACCUCAACUGUGGAGGAGGGGCCGGUGGCCACCACUCCAGCUCCAAUCAGCCGUCCCUGGCACCAAACCGUGGCCCCGCGAUGGACGGAGGUCUCAGCGGCAAUCCGUCUCUGGUCAACCCGGCAGAGAUGGCCCUGUUCGGUGGAGUGGACAACAACAGCUCAACGGCUCCCAACAGAAUCACACUGGCAGGGGGCGUGACGACCUUCGUGGCGUUGUACGACUACGAGUCUCGGACGGCCUCGGAUCUGUCGUUCAAGAAGGGCGAGCGUCUCCAGAUCGUCAACAACACGGAAGGCGACUGGUGGCUGGCGCGCUCCCUGACCACGGGAGAGAGCGGCUACAUCCCCAGCAAUUACGUGGCUCCGUCCGACUCCAUCCAGGCAGAAGAGUGGUACUUUGGCAAAAUCACCCGCCGCGACUCGGAGCGCCUGCUGCUGAGUCUGGAGAACCGGAGAGGGACCUUCCUGGUGAGAGAGAGCGAGACCACCAAAGGCGCCUUCUGUCUGUCUGUGCUGGACUAUGAUAACACCAAAGGGCUGAACGUGAAGCACUACAAGAUCCGGAAGCUGGACAGCGGCGGCUACUACAUCACGUCCCGCACGCAGUUCAGCAACCUGCAGCAGCUCGUCAACCACUACCGCAGUGAGUCCCCCACACGCGUGUCCCUCCGGCUGUCAGAGGACAUCUUCUCAUGUUGUCGUGUUCCUGUUAUCUUAACCGUCCCCCCCGUCCUCUUCUCGUGUCCCCCAGAGCACGCUGACGGGCUGUGUCACAGUCUGUCGGACAUCUGUCCCGUGCUGAAGCCUCAGACUCAGGGACUGGCCAAGGACGCCUGGGAGAUCCCCAGGGACUCGCUCCGUCUCGACCUGAAGCUGGGACAGGGCUGCUUCGGAGAGGUGUGGAUGGGGACGUGGAACGGCACGACGCGUGUGGCCAUCAAGACCCUGAAGACCGGCACCAUGUCCCCGGAGGCGUUCCUGGAGGAGGCUCAGGUCAUGAAGAAGCUGAGGCACGAGAAGCUGGUGCAGCUCUACGCCGUCGUGUCGGAGGAGCCCAUCUACAUCGUCACCGAGUACAUGGUGCAAGGCAGCUUACUGGAUUUCCUGAAGGGCGACAUGGGUAAGAUGCUCCGCCUCCCCCAGCUGGUGGACAUGGCCUCACAGAUCGCUUCGGGGAUGGCGUACGUGGAGAGGAUGAACUACGUGCACAGAGACCUCCGAGCUGCCAACAUCCUGGUGGGAGAUAACCUGGUUUGCAAAGUGGCCGACUUCGGUCUGGCUCGCCUCAUUGAAGACAAUGAGUACACCGCCAGGCAAGGCGCCAAGUUUCCCAUCAAGUGGACGGCCCCGGAGGCGGCGCUCUACGGCCGCUUCACCAUCAAAUCUGACGUCUGGUCGUUUGGCGUCCUGCUGACAGAGCUGGCCACCAAAGGCCGAGUGCCCUACCCAGGGAUGGUGAACCGGGAGGUGCUGGACCAGGUGGAGCGUGGCUACCGGAUGCCGUGCCCGGCCGAGUGCCCCGAGUCCAUGCACGAGCUGAUGCUGACCUGCUGGAGGAAAGAGGCGGAGGAGCGGCCCACCUUCGAGUACCUGCAGGGCUUCCUGGAGGAUUACUUCACCUCCACGGAGCCGCAGUACCAGCCGGGGGAGAACCUGUAGCCGGGCCCAACACGGAUGCGUGCAUGUGUUAUGCAUGUGCAAGACCGAGCAUGUGCAUCUGCUUUGGAGUGCAUGGACAAGUACUGUAUGUGUGUGUGUGUGUGUGUCUGCGUGUGCGUGUGUGUGCGUGUGUGUGUGUGUGUGCAGAAAGCCGACAGACGUCAGGGAACAAUCUAUCAAACAAUCAGCAUCGUUCACUUCCUGCAUCGCCACACGUCACCUACAGGGGGGGCUGUUUUCAAAGGAAGGGACUCAACUGUGGUAUUAUUUAGAUUUUUCUCAUGCAGUGCAUUGUUUGUCAAUCAACUCUAUACAACCGAGCAGCUCCUUCUACCUUCUCCUGUGUGUGUGAGUUGAUGAUCACCUGAACCUGACUGAUGUUGUAGUUUCACCGGUUUGAACACUGGGAGUGGCGGCGGCCCGAGAGACUGGGAGACGGGGAGACGGGCCAGUGUCCUACUGGGAGCUCCACUACAGGAUCACUUUACGGGAGGAGUUAGAGCUGUCGUCUUCCAGUUUGCCACUUUGGGAAGUUUCGGGACGUACAUUAGAUUUCCAGGAUAUUUUUUGAUAAUGUUGUUGUUGGAGAUCCUCGACUGCUGUGAGACUCUGGCCGGGGCGAACGAGCCAAUCGGGUGAAUUCUUCCUGUCGUGACCGACACCAAGACGAGGCCGAGGCUGCGUCUCUAUUUUCUAAACGUGACUUUUGCUACUGAUCACAAAGAGUUUUUUUUUUUUGUGCCAAUGAGAAUCUCUUUUGUACUAAUUGUAUUUUACUACUCUGAACAUUUCUUGCAACGGAAAUUCUGGGACAUGUCCUGCAGGAAGUCCACGGCACCGACCGGCUCUCCAGCGUGGUUCCAUUUUGUUUUUUCAUCGAGGAUUGAAAUUAAAACUUCUUUCACUUCUUUCUGAAUAUGAAGAUUUGCAGUCGUACACUGGAGAUACAUGUUGUUUAUGUUUCUGGUCGUAACUUCCUCCAGCCUGCAGGGACAGAACCACCUCUGACCACAGACAACAUGUAAAGCAUAAUGAAUUGGCCUCUUGAAACUUAAAUGUAAAUAUCUAUUUUCUUUUUUUGUGUAUAUAUAUCACCUUAUAAUUUAUUCCUUUGGAAAUAACCCAGUUUAUUUUUGUUUUUGCUGUAAACAUUAUCGUUCCUGGUACUUUUAUGGGUUGAAUAACAUCUGACGGUACAGAUAUGAGAUGAAUAUAUAUUCUAGAAAAACUUUACAGGUAUGUUUUUCAGUGCAUGUAUUUCUGUAAACUUAUCUGGGUUGUACAUUUUGAACUUGACCAUUUUCCACGAUUGCACCUUUCUUGAAGAAAAAUCACUUCUUUUUUUUUUUUGCCAGAAUCCCGAUCGUCUACCAGCACUAAUCUUUCCCAUGAUGCAAUUCACUCCUCCGAUGUUUACACGCUGAUAAUCUUCAAAUCACGUCGGCGUUGCUGCAGCGUUUCUGUCUGUGCACCUGAUCGAUUGUGUGUGUGUGUGUGUGUGUGUGCGUAUGCGUGUGUGUGCGUCGCUUCCAACCUCUGUACUUCCAUGGGUCAAACGUUAUGAUUUAAUAAAGCACUUCUGCUGACGAUGUAAUAACUUCAGAUUACGUGUCGAGUGGCAGGAGCUUGGUCUCUGUGUCGUGUGGUUGCAUUUAUCUGCAUGGGUGUGGUCAGGCCGUCUGGUGUCCUGCAGGUCAAAAGGUCACGACGUGUGUGUGUGUGUGUGUGUCUGCAGCCGUGCUCACAAAGCCAAGGACAUUCUCCUGCCGGGUUUCCGUGGGUCUUCUUCUUUCUGGCUAUGCAUAUAUUUUUAAAAAUCUGUGAUAUUACUAUAUAAAUAUAUAUAAACUCUUUUUCUACUGUAUUCUCUGGGAGUUUUCAGAUUAAAAGCUCCUCAGUAAAUCUUACCGAAUACUGUGGAAAUUUGAAACGGCUGUUUGAAUAAAUUUGUAUAUUACCA